AGCUGCCUGGGGCGGUCUUUCUAUCGCUCUUCGUGGUAUAAAAAUUUCAUCUUCCUUUUCUUCAUUUGGGGUGUUCGGUCAAUGUGCAGACACUCUCAUCUCUCCUGUUCUCCCUCCAUAUCUCGUUAUGGCUUCAGACCCCGCGUCGGCGAGUCCCGAGGCUCGUGAGCUCAGUUUGAUAUCUAAAGUCGAGCUCAGAAUCGCCCUGGCAGAGACAGAUGCGAAGCUCCAGUCUCUUCUCCAAACAUACUUAGCUCCGUUACUUCUCAAACUCGGUUCAGAAAGUCUAACAGUUCGCAACAAAGUGAUUACAGUGUGCACACAUGUCAAUACCCGAGUUCAGACUCCGUCCAUUCAAUUGCCCGUGACAGCACUGUUGAAACAAUUCAAAGAGCAAAAAUCUCAACUUAUUAGGCACUACGACUUAAUUUUCUUGCAGCAGGGGCUUGAUCGCUUGGGUGCCAAUGCGCGGAUCGAGAUCUUGCUACCGUUGCUCCAAGGGAUCUCCGAAAUUGGGACGUCAGUUAACCAAGGUGCCAUCGUGUUCAACCUUGUUUUGCGACUCUUGCCUCUUUUGAAGCUGCCCCCGAAGGGUAAUGAGGAAGAUGUGCAGCUGAAGAGUCGACUAGGACUGUUCGAUGAGGACACCAAGUUUCUGUCUUUCUGGUUGGAGAAGCUCCUUUUGCUUUCGUCAGCAGACGAUAACUCUACGACAUGUCCCGGUCUUUCCCCUAAGGAGUACACGUUUCUGAACAAGGAUGCUCCUGUAAAGGAAACGUGGAAUCCGUCUGCAAGCGGUGGUCUGAAUCUCACGGAAACCAAAGCCAACGCCUUAAAGUUUCUUGCCAGUGGAGCUUUUACGGAUUCAGAGCGGUUCUUGCCUGCGCUAGUCGCAACUUCGGAUGCAAAUUCACGCCUGGCAGACCUUGGAGAGGAGAUUUUGAAGCGAUUCAUUCCGAACUUCGAGGACCCCGAUGUCGUGCAGCAAUUGUACAGCUUGUAUUUUGGGACUGGAGGGGCCAAUGGAGCCCCCCCUGCACGGCCUUCCCUGCAGAUUAAGCUGCUAAUUUAUCUCGGAAAAUCCAUUAUGGCUACGAAGGAUACCGAAAAAAUAAUUCGAUUAAUAGAAGAGGGCCUUCUAUCCGAUACGGCAAGGUCGUCACGGGGACUGCAAGCAUCCAGGUUGAGGACUCAAAUCUUUACAUUCACGACAUGGGUUGUCCGCAUGGGAUCGCCGUCAAAGUUGAAAGGGAUGGCACCAAAAGUUAUUCAAGGCUUGAGAGAUUUCAUCCAAUCUCAGGGCUGGCCUAGUCCCGGAGCUAGCGGGCAGAAAUUACCCGCAACUGAUAUAAGUCUCAGGGGUCUUGCCUACGAGAGUAUCGGUAUAAUGGUACCCAAAGUCGAUUUCCAGGCGCAAAACGACGACGAGGAGUUUUCUGGCUUUGGUCUGAUCAAGUGGUUGUUCACCUCAUUAAGCUGCGAUGAUUCGAGCCCUGAGAUCUUUGUUAGCAUUGAGCAGGCUUUGGGCAGCAUUCUUAACUCGUCACUAGACAGUUGGGACAAGGGAUAUCAAGAGCAACUACGACCCUUCCUGGUUGAUCAGAUGAGAAACGAACCAGGAGAGAAUGAUCCUCUGACCGGAUUCAGUGUCGUUCGAGGACCGCAGUAUGCUGCAGUACGUUUUGCCAAUCGCUUUCUACCCUAUCACGAUGUUGUAGCUCGCUGGGUCGAUAUCAUUGCCAUUGCGCGGGGGUCGGAAAGGCAUCACGAGGUUGUGGAAGAAGGCAAAAAGGGCCUCCAUCCUCACUGGCAUCGCCUCCUCAAUCCUGGAAAUAAAAGCGAAGGACACGAUGCUUCAUCACAGGAGCAAACGUACGGCCCAUGGUACGAUUUUCCCAGUUUCUCGUCCGCAACGCGCUUUUUAUUCUGUCCCUCGGGUCAUGCAAACAUAGAAACUCUGUCCGCAUCGGACAUCCUGUCAGGGAGUUACAGAAAAGCAUUCGCACCUACUAUCACGUUCCUUCGCAACAUCCUUCUCUGGGAGUCUUUCUCGAAGUUUGGAAUUGCAACCGACAUAGAGCAAGACUGGGACACUAAACUGGACAUACUACUUACGUCUGACGAACGAGCUCGUGCAGCUUUGAAGAAGUAUAUCGCAGGUUCUGAUAAAGAAUCAGUGCUCCUAUUCCUUCAGAAUGCCUUAAAUGGGCUCCUUCACGAGGGCCGAGAAGGGCUCGAGCUAUGUGGUGAGCAUUUUGUGGAAAUCUGUUCUGCGGCAUCAAACGACAUAGUCGACGCCAUGGUCUCACGCGUUUUGUCCUUGAAAUUGCCCAUAUCUAGCAACGACCAAGAGAAACAGAAUACGGCCGCACGUGCUAUCGGUAUACUUGCAUCUCAUCCAGCGUUUUCUGAAAAGGAUUUGUCUGAAUUCGUUAUGGAGCUGUCGAACGCUUCCACGACAUGGAAGUCGGCGAUUGGAGAGCUGGUACUUGUCAUCCGUGGAUCAAUUCUGGCACUGUCAUACCUGCUUAGCAGGCUUGCAUUCCGUGGAAAACUCGACAAGAUUCCGCAGGUACAAGUGAAGUCAUUUAUCCAAACCCUCCUCGAUAUUAUCAAGUCCGCAAACGAUGUUAUUUUCCGACGGGUUGCACAAGUAGCCAUCGGGCAACUCAGCCUUUCCGGAAUUCUUUCGCCGACCUUGCUCUCUGGUGAUGGCUGGACGGAGGUCAAAGAGAGUCUCACACGGGACGCAAAAGCCGAGAGCGAGAUCCCCAUACUGGCAAUGGGUCGGCUAUCGUUGACCUUUUCUAACGAAUGCAUCGUUGAUCCCCAGUUUAGCUCGCUAUUGGAUGCUCUUUACAGCUUGCACGAGAUUCGUAGCCCAGAAAUUCAUUUUUCUGUCGGCGAGGCAUUGAGUGACGCUGCCAUUGGAUGGAAGUCCAAAGCACUAACCCGAGAAUUUGAUGUCAAUGAACAAUUCCCCCAAUCUCUUAUCCCUAAUACUGUGCUUGCAGACAUGUGUGACAAAGUCAUUGCUGACUGUGGUGCUUCGAAGCCAGCCCUCCGUAAAGCGUCUGCCAUAUGGCUGUUGUGUUUAGUCAAGAAUUGCGGUCAUAUGCAAGAGAUGCAGGACCGAUUGCGCAAAUGCCAAGCUAGCUUCACAACUCUUCUCGGGGACCGUGACGAGAUAGUGCAGGAAUCAGGUGCUCAAGGGUUGGGUUUAGUUUACGAAAUGGGAGACCAGGAACUUAAGGAUGAUCUGGUGCGAGACUUGGUCAACUCCUUCACGGCUACCAAUUCCCAUCUAAGAGGAGGCAAAGUCCACGAAAACACAGAGCUUUUCGAGCCUGGGGCUCUACCCACUGGACAAGGACAGUCAGUCAAUACGUACAAGGAUAUAAUGAAUCUGGCAUCUGAGGCAGGUGAUCCAACGCUUGUAUACCGAUUCAUGUCGUUGGCUUCGAACAACGCGAUCUGGACCAAUAGAGCAGCUUUUAGCAAGUUGGGUAUUAGCAACAUUUUCACGGAUUCGAGCGUCAAUGGCUACCUGGCAAAGAACCCCAAGAUCUAUCCAAAGCUGUUUCGUUACCGGUUUGAUCCCAACCCCAACGUGCAGCGGUCAAUGAACACGAUCUGGCACACGCUUGUCAAGGAGCCUUCAGCUGUUAUCAACGCCCAUUUCGAUGAGAUUAUGGAUGAUCUCUUGAAGAGUAUUAUGACUGGUCGGGAAUGGCGCGUUCGGCAAGCAAGUUGUACUGCCAUUUCGGACAUUAUCCAAGGGCGUCAACCGGAACAGUACUCAAAGUAUAUGGACGAGAUUUUCAACAAGGCGUUCAAACUUCUGGAUGAUAUUAAGGAGUCGGUUCGAGCAUCCGCCCUCAAACUUUGCCAGACCAUCACCAAUGCAGUCAUCCGCACCUUGGAGACGAGCGAUGCCGACACAAAACGCGCCAUUACAAUGCUGGGGAAGGCGAUCCCGUUCUUACUCAGCGACAAGGGAAUGGAGUCUGGUGUCCAAGAAGUCCAAGGUUUUGCCAUUGGGUCCCUUAUACAGAUGAUCAAGAAGAGUCCUACUAAGUCGCUACGGCCCUUUGUUCCUCCCAUUCUAGAACAGUUUUUGAAUUCGCUCAGCUCUUUGGAACCACAAGCGGUCAAUUAUGUUCAUCUGAAUGCGGAUAAAUACGGGUUGACGAGCGAGGAAAUCGACAAAAUGCGAUUGUCCAGUAUCCGCACGUCUCCUAUGAUGGAAGUGAUUGAGCGAUAUCUGAUUGACACGCUCGACGAGACCUCGGUGAAAGAGUUUGCAGCCAAGCUUGAAGCGGUGCUUCGCGCUGCCGUCGGGCUUCCAACCAAGGUGGGCUGUAGCCGAGUGCUGGUCCUGCUGAGUAUGAAGACUAUGCUCUUCCGUCCCUACGCGGACCGGUUCAUCCAGUUGCUGUCGAAAUACGUUGUUGAUCGGAAUGAUACCGUCAGUGCGUCGUACUGUUCAUCAAUAGGCUACCUCAUGCGGUUGGCGUCAGACGACCGGGUCCUAAAGACAAUUGAGUAUGCUAAGACCCUCUACCUGACGGCUGAGGAUGCGACUCUACGAGUGAUCUCGGGGGAGAUUCUGCAUUCUACGUCGAAACUCUCCAAUGAUCGCUUCAUGGCAUUCGCUGUCUCCGCUUUACCUUUCAUCUUUGUUUUCAAGCAUGACACGGAUGAGCAUGUUCGUGAGGUUUUCGAGAAGACGUGGCAGGACAAUGUCGGUGGUACCCGGACCGUAUCGCUCUAUGUCAACGAAAUCACCACGCUUGUCUCGGACAACCUCGAGUCGCCGCGAUGGGCCAUUAAGCACACAGCAGCCCUUGGCAUUGCUAGCACCAUCACGUCACUCGACUCCGAGCUUGAUCUGGUUACUAGCGAUCGUCUAUGGCCUGUUCUGGAGAAGGCGCUGGCGGGAAAGACCUGGGAGGGCAAAGAGGCCGUACUUAAGGCAUUUGUCAAAUUCGCGGGUCAGGCCAAAAUAUUAUGGCAGGAGAAGAAACAGCUCAGUGAUGCGAUGAAGGCAAUUACUAUCCGAGAAGCAAAGCGAAACAACGUUGCAUAUCGUCAGCAUGGCCUGACUGCAUUAGGUGGAGUUGCACAGGCACGCAGUGAUCUUGAUCUGAUGCCUGACGCUCUCGCAAUUACGUCAAAAGUGCUAGAAGAUGUCCUUGGUGACGAUGAGGAUCGAAUGCAUAUUGACUCCGGCAGUGGCCACAGGUCAAGCACGGAAGAUACAUUGGCAGCCUGUAUUAGAUGCGUCCUCCAGUGUGUCAACUCUGCGGCAUGUGCGUCCGGAGCCGUCCAGACAUAUCUGACCGAUUUGAUUCCUGUUGCUGACAAGGCAUUGAGGAAUGGCGGCAGAACCGUCCAGGCACCAUUAUACGAGGAGCUGAGACAGCUACUGACCAGACUGGAGGAAUGGACAUCGCCAUUUGACGGUCGUGAUGUUGAUGUCCAUAGCCUCCAAGGACCCUUAUCGACGCUCGCAGGAGAAUUGCUAACUCGCGAGAUUGAUGUGUCCGUGGAAACCAUUCGGACAGAACGCGCGCAGGCGGCUGUCACAUACAUUGCCCUUAGCCAGCAGAGAGGAUUUGAGGUCAAUGAAGCGUUGCGCCAAUCGAUUCAGACCUGGAGAACAGGAGAGCGAUCGGGACCAGUGCAACAGAUUCUCGAUCAGGCGCUGGCGAAGUUGAUACGGUGAGGGACUCUUCAUGCACACUGUCAUGUCUAUACUGUGCGGGAAGCUACUCUCCGUAGGGCUGGACCUGGAUAUAGUUACCACGGAAGAAGAGAUUGCAUUCUGUCCCUAGAGUAGACAACCUUCAAUGAAGUCAUUCAUGCCUCAGGUGUCAAUCAUACCACGGAUACCACGCGGGCCGAAGC